GCAGGUGAGAUUAGUUUGGGGAUGUGAACACAAUGAGUGUAAACCAGCAAGCUCACACAGGGCCUCCUUAUGGGCAACCUCAGCCUGGAUAUCAGGGAUACCAGCAGCCUGCCUACGGAGGACAGCCGUUGCCAGGGAUUCCUCAAUCGCAGUAUGGAGCUUAUAAUGGUCCGAUGCCAGGAUAUCAACAGCCAGUCCCUCCACAAGGUUACUUUCCUUCCUUGGGGUUCUCUUCGAAGGGCUCUCCUGUAUCUCUCAACUCUGACACUUCUUCUCUUGCACCUAAUUUCAUAGGUUCAUUAAGAGCCCCUCCAACGUCUGGAGCUCCCCCUCCAGCCUCUGGAGCAUCUCUUCCUUCUGGACACCUGGCAUACAGUCAGUUUGGACACGGGGAUGUGCAGAAUGGGAUUCCAGCCUCAGCAGCCCCGAUGCAGAGGCCACCUGCUUCUCAGUCGUUUCUGCCAGGCCCAGCACCCACACCUGUCAGCCAGACAUCUACGUUCCAGCAAUAUGGUCCCCCCCCAGCCAGUGUACAGCAGCUCAGCAAUCACAUGGCAGGGAUGACAAUUGGCAGUACUACAGCUUCUGCUCCUCCCCCAGCUGGACUGGGCUAUGGUACCCCAACAUCGGUUCCCCCAGUCUCAGGAAGCUUUAGUGCAACAGGAUCUGGUCUCUACACACCUUACACUUCGAGCCAAGGACCGCCUCCUACCAGUGUGUCUCAGGGUCUUCCUUUGGCACAGCCUCUGUUUCCUGGUCAACCAAUAUCAACUCAAGUCCCUGGUUUUGCCCCACCUCCCUCUUCUACAGGGAUUGGACCUUCCUCUUACCCUCCUACUACAGGUGCCCCAAGGCCACCUGCCAUGUCAGGCCCACCACUGCCUGGGCAGACAGUUGCUAGACCACCAACUUCCCAGCCUAAUCAUGUAUCCUCACCACCACCUCCAUCAGCUCUGUCAGGGCCGCACCCUGGACCUCCCAUGAGUGGCCUACAUGGACCACCUCCUCCCACUCAUCCUCCUCAGCCAGGAUACCAAAUGCAGCAGAAUGGUUCCUUUGGGCAGGUGAGAGGUCCCCAGCCAAACUAUGGAGGAGCCUAUCCAGGAACUCCAAAUUAUGGAAAUCAACCUGGUCCACCACCUCCACCAAAACGCUUGGAUCCGGAUUCCAUUCCUAGCCCUAUUCAAGUGAUUGAAGAUGACAGAAGUAACCGUGGGUCAGAACCGUUUGUCACUGGAGUAAGAGGGCAGGUCCCACCUCUUGUUACUACAAAUUUCUUGGUCAAGGAUCAAGGUAACGCAAGCCCCCGCUACAUAAGAUGCACAUCUUACAAUAUUCCGUGCACCUCAGAUAUGGCCAAACAGUCCCAAGUUCCCCUUGCUGCUGUCAUAAAACCGCUGGCUACUCUACCCCCAGAAGAGACCCUUCCUUAUUUGGUAGACCAUGGAGAAUCUGGUCCUGUCCGAUGUAAUAGGUGCAAGGCUUACAUGUGCCCUUUUAUGCAAUUCAUUGAGGGUGGACGGAGGUUCCAGUGUUGUUUCUGCAGCUGUGUCACUGAGGUGCCACCUCACUACUUCCAGCAUUUGGAUCAUACUGGAAAGCGAGUAGACUUUUAUGACCGACCUGAGUUAUCACUGGGGUCUUAUGAGUUUCUAGCAACAGUUGACUAUUGCAAGAAUAAUAAGUUUCCCAGUCCACCUGCUUUCAUUUUCAUGAUUGACGUGUCUUACAAUGCUGUGAAGAGUGGCAUAGUGAGGCUAAUAUGUGAAGAAUUAAAGUCACUCCUAGAUUACCUGCCCAGGGAAGGCAACAUGGAAGAAUCAGCCAUUCGAGUAGGCUUUGUCACCUACAACAAAGUGUUACACUUCUAUAAUGUGAAGAGCUCACUGGCACAGCCACAGAUGAUGGUUGUCUCAGAUGUGGCAGAUAUGUUUGUGCCACUCCUUGACGGUUUUCUGGUGAAUGUGAAUGAGUCCAGGACAGUCAUUACCAGUUUGCUGGAUCAGAUUCCAGAAAUGUUUGCAGACACAAGAGAAACAGAAACUGUUUUUGCACCUGUGAUUCAAGCAGGGCUGGAGGCGCUGAAGGCAGCUGAGUGUGCUGGCAAGCUUUUCAUUUUCCACACCUCUCUGCCCAUUGCAGAGGCACCAGGGAAGUUAAAGAACAGGGAUGAUAAGAAACUGAUCAACACAGAUAAGGAGAAGACUUUGUUUCAACCACAGACAAGUUUUUACAACAACUUGGCCAAGGACUGUGUGGCCCAGGGCUGCUGUGUGGAUCUGUUCUUGUUUCCAAACCAGUAUUUGGAUGUGGCGACACUAGGCGUAGUAACUUACCAGACGGGCGGCUCCAUUUAUAAGUAUGCGUAUUUCCAGCUGGAGACAGACCAGGAUAGGUUCCUGAAUGACUUGAGAAGAGAUGUCCAGAAAGAAGUGGGAUUUGAUGCUGUAAUGAGAGUGCGCACAAGCACAGGUAUUCGAGCAACUGACUUUUUUGGAGCUUUCUAUAUGAGCAACACAACUGAUGUAGAGAUGGCAGGUUUGGACUGUGAUAAAACAAUCACAGUGGAAUUCAAGCAUGAUGACAAACUGAGUGAAGACAGUGGUGCACUCCUUCAGUGUGCUCUCUUAUAUACAAGUUGUGCAGGACAGCGACGACUCCGCAUUCACAACCUCUCUUUAAACUGUUGCACACAGCUUGCUGACCUCUAUCGAAACUGCGAGACAGACACACUCAUCAAUUACUUGGCUAAAUAUGCAUAUCGUGGAGUUCUGAGUAGUCCAGUAAAGACUGUACGAGACGCACUGAUCAACCAGUGUGCCCAGAUCCUAGCUUGCUAUCGCAAGAACUGUGCUAGUCCCUCUUCUGCUGGCCAGCUGAUCCUCCCUGAAUGCAUGAAGCUGCUUCCUGUGUACUUGAAUUGUGUGUUGAAGAGUGAUGUCCUUCAGCCUGGUCCGGAGGUCACAACGGAUGACCGUGCCUACAUUCGUCAGUUAGUCACAUCCAUGGAUGUGGCAGAAACAAAUGUUUUCUUUUAUCCCAGGCUUUUGCCCCUGACCAAAGCAGAUGUUGACAGUGACUCCUUGCCAGCAGCAAUCCGGAACUCAGAGGAGCGUCUCUCCAAGGGUGACAUAUACCUGCUGGAGAAUGGGCUGAACAUCUUUGUGUGGGUGGGAGUCAACGUGCAGCAAGGCCUGAUCCAGAACCUCUUUGGAGUGUCAUCCUUCAGUCAGAUUAGCAAUGCCUUGAGUACCCUGCCUGUCUUGGAAAACCCCUUUUCAAAGAAAGUACGAUCUGUUGUUGACACGCUUCAAGUGCAGAGAUCCCGCUACAUGAAGUUAAUCAUUGUGAAGCAAGAAGAUAAGCUGGAAAUGCUGUUCAAACACUUUCUAGUGGAGGACAAGAGCCUGAGUGGGGGGGCUUCAUAUGUGGACUUCCUGUGUCACAUGCACAAGGAGAUUCGGCAGCUACUGAGCUAGAGGAGGGAGUGGUGCUGGAACUCAGCAGUGACAUUUCAGUCUCCACUAAUGACCUGAUCGGAAGGCCCAGCGCCCUCAAAAAGGACAACAUAGAAAUCUGUACAAUUCCAUAAUUUUUAAUACACAUUGCAUAAGCAGAAAUCCUUUCAACCUCUCCCAGUCCCGUAUGAGAGAUGAAAAUUUUUCCUGGUGAGGGCU